UGGAACAAGAAUAUAUAAUUAAAAUCGACGUAGAUAAAACAAGCAAAAAAUGGGAGGGUCCUCAUCAUCUCCUGCACAGAAGGGGGCUUCCUCAAGUCGUGGAAAGACUGGUGGACCGGGCGGACUUAGCGGCGCGACAAGUAGAUCUUCCCCUAUGAAGACUAAGACUUCUGCUGCCACUGCUCCAGCUACGAAAAAAAUGAACGGGCUGCGGCAUCUGAAGAAAGCGUCGAACUCGAAGAGACCCACUUCCAGCAGCAAGGUCGUGCGAAGAAAGACGACGAACUCGAACGCCAUGACAAUCCAGGUUCGGAAACAAGUGAAGAAGAGUUCCGAGAAAAAGAAAAAAACCGCAAGUAUGAAGUCGAAAGCUCCUGGGCCCGUGACUAGAAGUGAUCGCUCUAGUAUGAGUACUAGCAGGAAGAAAAAGAAACCAGUCAAUAAACUGCCAGAUAAGAAAGUACAACCUUCAUCAGCCCUUAAGAGAAAGUCGGACCUUCAUAAAGUAAAAGUUUCCAAAGGUCCAGCUCCAGCGGCCCGCGGGGGCCUACUACGCGCGACAGCAUCGGGUAAAGUGCCAGGCUUCAGUGAAGCUGAGGAAGGACAAUGGAAAGGCCCGUUUUUCUUCGUCCAAAUGGCUGAUACGCAGGUAAGUACUUGCUUUUAGGAUUAGAAGGCCAGCUCAUAUUUGUAAAUAUCCCACUUCUGUCAGGUUACUGCUUGUUGUUACGGUUUUCUUUUCUUGUUCCGCAGACGACUCAUCACAAGCACAAUACGAAUUUUCACAACCGUUUGCACUGAUUUUUUUUGAAUUUUCCAGCUGGGCAUGACUGACACUCUUGCGCCAAAGAAACUCGUGGCCGAAGGCUAUAACCGAAAGCAAUUGUUCGAAGCCGAGCUGGAUUUACGGCUCUGAAUCUGAAGUGGAUCUUGAUGUAGCACUCGAUAUAGAUUUAUUCUGUGACAGUGCUGGUCCUGCUGACCUCUGCCUCUAACCCGUUGCUUUUUCUUGUUUUGAUGUCUUUGCAUGUCCAUCGCUACUAACUAGUGGAAAAGCUCUACUAGUUUUUAUUGUUGGUCGAAGCUGCUUCUCGUCUAAUCGAAAUGCUGCGUUGCGCAGUGAAGACCAUAAAUCGGAUCCAGCCUGCAUUCGUGCUUCUGUGUGGUGACAUAGUGAACGCUUACCCCAGUUCCGCGCUACCCCCACAUCUUUUGAAGCCGACCCCCUCAAUUCCAAGCUCUGCACCACCACCGACAAGUAUUUUCUCGUCUUCUAGCACCAAGGAUAGGAAGCAAGAAAUGGAAAAAGCAGUGCGCGAAGCGGAAAAGGCUGCACUCGCCGUUAGUUCUCCUAGUUCCACCAAAAGCGCGGCUGCCGUUGCAUCGAAUUCCACCCGCGACUCAUCCACCAGCAUGAACGCCAUCAUAGAAGGAGCUCGGAAGAAGCGGCAAGAACAGAUCGAUGCUUGCCAGGAAGUGAUGACGGAAAUUGAUUCAAGGAUACCACUCCUUUUUAAGGCACCAUGGAUACUCGCAGUCGAUAAUCUACUGAUAUUCGAUUAUAACACAGGCUCUCCGACGAGAUAAGUAGCACUAGCUGGAAGCUUCAUUGGGACGAAGAACCCAUACGCAAAAGAUGAUAGAUAUUUUCAGUUGAGGGGUAGGCAUUAUGGCCAUGAAUGAUACGAGGCAAAGACGUACUUAGAGGAAAGAAUGCACACCAAUGAUGAGCUCGAAUUGUCGUUGUUGCGGUAAUCACGACAUGGGCGACCGACCGAAUUUCACGUCGGUGAAAGAGUACCGGAAAACAUGGGGCCACGACUAUUUCUCGUUCUGGGUGAAGGGGGUGUAUUGCCUGGUAUUGAACUCCCAACUGUUCAAAACACCGGAGUUGAUUCAAAACGAGAAAAAGAAGCAGGAUAAAUGGGUACCUACUUCAAUUGCUUAAGUAGAAGAUUUUUAGUCUAUUUACACAUCUGUUUAAUUAUUUCGUAAUUUUUUCGUCUGGCUACGACAGGAGGGACAGUCGCUGUAUUUGCUGCACUAGUCGAGUUUCUAUCAAUACAAAAGACCGGAUGACGAAUUGCAUCGAUACAAUUGUAUACUACUAUGUAUAUUGCUUCAUCUCUCUUAGUACUAACUAGGUAAGUUGCUCACGAAGAGGAAGGAGCCCUUCAAGAUUUUGUUUGAUUCAAUCUAGUAGAACAAGUACUACGUGGAAGCCCACAAUAGAACAACCCACAACUACAUCAACUUGUUUCACAGCUCGCUGCGUGUCUGAGCGAACGCAGAGGGAAACCUGCCAAAAGCAUGGUUUGCUUUACACACAUAAGUCCCUUUAUUAAGAACCAAGACGAGCCAAGCGGAUACUUCAACUGGAAUCAGUCUGAUCGUGCGGAGACGCUUGCAGCUCUCGCGUCAGUUGGGUGCCGUGCAAUAUUUUCGGGCCACUACCACAGAAACGCGGUAGCAACUUUUGUUGCUUCAGCACCUGCUGCCUCGUCGUCAUCUUCAACAGGAGAACAGAGACGGACCAUGGAAGUGGUCACGACUGGAGCGGUAGGAGUGAAUCUGCUGACCGAACCAGGUGGCGACCCACUAGUUAAGGCUGGUUGACGAGCUGCUUUCUGUAAUUUUUCUUCAUCAAAAAUAUUUCGUGGACUACAGAAGUACUGGGACCAAGAAGAUCGCUCUGAAAAUUGUGUAGUCAGUGAGCAUCGCCAUCACUAACACAUCGACAGUCGUACCUGUACGAUUGUAGCAAAAUAUUACGUUCCUUCUUCACUAACCACUUGCUUCCACAUCCACUUGUACUUGAUUAUCUACCGCUAUCCGAAGCUCCCGCUAAUAUAUGCUUGACUGGCGUCGGAGAAGGCGUGCUUGACAAAGAGUCCUGUGGCUUUCGCCUAGUGAAAUUCGACGACGAGGGAAACGUGUCGCAUGACUGGAAGACAUUCAUAGAGCUGGAAGGUGUGACCGACGUUGCUUUACUUUGAAGUGGUAUUGCAUGCCGCUAAUGAAUUUGAGCAGUACCAGAAGUACAAGUACUAGAAUCUUUUGCAAAAGCAAAAAUACCGACUUGGACUUGGCCAUCGGAUUCUUUUUUUAUCUUACCUUCUUGAUAAUUCGCACAACUACAACCAGCAUAUAACGUCCUUAUACAAAGACCACUUUGACUUUUCGCGUGGUCUCGUAACCCCCUCUUGGCUUUGGAAAGAUUGGAGUCGAACUCCAUUUCUGGAACUACAAUUACCUUCUUAAUAUAUCAUCUUGCUUUUAGAUGCCCAUAUGCGCCUUCAGCUCAAGUUAAAAAUGUACCUCUGCCUUUGCACUGUAAAAAUGUAAGUGAUCAAGUUAUUUUGCGUUUUUUACUGCGUGCCCGUGGCUUACGAUUUUGGAACAAGUGACUCAAUGAUUCCUCGUGUAUACCUUUCCGCGGACUUGGAGUCGAGAGCAUGUUUUGCUGCAUCAUGACCACCAGUUUUAUUGUGUAGUGCAUUAGACCUCCCACAUCCAGGUCCAGGAGGUGGAGGAGCGAACAUGAUGUUGACUGAGCACGAGAAGCAAGUAGAAUAUAUAAUGCGAUUCUCCGUAACUUUAUCAUGUACGUUUGUUGAUUAGGUGGAUUCCUAUUGGCAUUAUUUACAACUACCUUUUUUGUAGUUCUUGUAUCCAGCAACACAUUCUGCUCCGAGCUAAGCUGCACUUAAGCAUCAUUUCCUUCUUUCUGUGUUUGCAUGUUUCGUUUGUGUCCUGAUUUACAAUUACAUUACCUAGCGACAGUUAGGAUCAUUCUUAUGAAGAUAGAAAAUUUUUUAUUAGGAUCUUCAUGGAGCAGGAGGAAGAGGAUCUUCUUCUUGUUCAUCUUGCUUCACACUAAUGAUGUUGACAAUGUACUUUACAUUGUUUUUCAAGUUCAACAGACUACUGCUGUAAUCUUGAACGAAGUACUAGCUACUAGUAGUUGCUCCACUCUACCAUCCUCAAGGUCUGACUGGGCGUUCAACAGUGCUACAAAGAUAGCAUGUUGAUGCUUAUGAAAGGGAAAUAAAGGCAUAUUCAUUAAUACAUCAAAUAACAAAUACUGGCUCUGGCACGGAUCGAUAUUUUAUCGAUGAUUCUUUGCUUCUUACGCCACGAAAGCUAAUGUGCCCUCGAGUCGACUAGUGAAACCAAGCCACGCCGUUCGUUGCAGUUUUGAUUUUGUUCUGGAGUCGUGUCCUGUCGCGUUGUGGAG